GAAACUACAUAUCCAAUGAUUCUUUCGAAACGCAUGCGCACAUGGGAACAGGAAGAAGGUUGUUUACUAGCAACUGUCGCUGAGGAGGGAAAUGUUUAUGUGAAACGAUUGAACCAUGUCUGCAUUUGCUGACGAAACGGCGGGCGAUGUGCCCGUUAAAGACAUCACCCUAAAUCUCACUCAGGUUGGAGUGGGAUUACCAGAGUCGCUGAUGGCCCAGAAUGCCCGUGCAAGGCAGGCGAUCUCACGGGUGAGCAGGGAGGAGCUGGAAGACCGGUUCCUACGGCUCCAUGAGGAAAACCUGCUCCUCAAACAACACACCCACAAACAGGAAGACAAAAUCAAGAGGAUGGCCACGAAGCUGGUGCGCUUGGUGAAGGACCGUCGGCGGGUGGAGCAGGUGGCUGCAGGCGGGGUGCGUCCAGGAGGCAGGGACGUGGAGUUAGAGGAGAUGAUGGAGGAGCUGCAGGAGAAGGUCCAGGAGUUGCAGAUGCAGAAUGAGGGCCUGAAGCAGCGUCUGCUGGCCGCCAAACAGCAACUGCAGACGCAGAGCAAACGACCCACCCCCUACGGCCAUGUCCAAUCACGCGUCAACACGGGUCUGCGGAGGCUAAGGGAGGACACGGUCACACUAACUCAGCUAACCCCUACUGCCCCCAGAGGACCCAUGAGUGUGGAGGUGGAGGUGAGUGGCAGGCCACCCCAGGGUCUACUGCCCAGAUACGGACACAGUCUGCUGGACGACGCCAGAGCUGAGAUCUGUAACCUUGAGAAUGUGAUCGAGACUCAACGGUCUCACAUAGAGGAGAUGGACAGAGCAGCAGAGCUGCUGAGAGACCAGCUGAGGAGGAAGGAGAGGGAGUUUGAGGAAUCACUCCUCCACCUGAGAGAGCAGCAGACCACUGGACAGAGGUCUACUAUCAAGGACAACGUGGAGAUGAUCCGGCUGCAGAAGCAGCUGGUUGAGAAGGGCAACGCGUUCACUGUGCUCGAGGGCAGAUUCCUCCAACUCCAAGAGAGUCAGAGGACCAUGAAGGCCAGUCAUGAAGCUGUGAUGGCCAAGAUGGACGAGCUAACGGGCCAUCUGAAAGACGAGCGACUGAGGAGUCUGGACCUGGAGAGCCAUCUACAGGCCAACUCAUUCUCACAGAGAAGGACAGAGGAGUUGCAGGAGCGAAUCCAUGACCUGGAGAAGGAGAGAGAGCUGCUAAAGGAGAACUGUGAUAAACUAAUUAACAGUGCUUUUGACGUAACCCAGGAACAGAAAUAUAGGACGCGAGAGCAGCAGCUGAAACUACAAAUAGCCCAGCUAGAGGUGGCACUGAAGUCUGACCUGACAGACAAAAACGAGAUUCUGGACAAGAUCAAGGUUGAAAGAGAUAUGAAUGAAAAAUGUAUUCAAGAAAAUAAAGAGAUUCAGCUUCGGUUCCUGGAGCAAAAGCAGCAGUUGGAUGAAAUAAAGGAUCGAAUGAAGUUCUACACCAAGGAGAGUGAGAUCGAUGUGGCUGAACUCAGUGAGGCAAUGAUGCUAGUCAAGGUGCGUAAGUCCCAGAGGAGUGGUGAGCUGGGCUUCCUGGAGCAGGUGGAGGAGGAGGUGCGUGGUGCCACUGAGCGCUCCAUGAGGGAGCUACAGGCCACGCACACUGAGACCAUCCAGGAGCUGGAGAAGACCAGGAACAUGCUCAUCGUCCAGCACAAGAUCAACAAGGACUACCAGGCGGAAGUUGAAGCGGUGACACGUAAGAUGGAUGACUCCAAACUGGAGUACGAGCUGAAGUUGGAACGUCUUGCCCAGCUGCUGGACAUGAGGGCUGCCAAGAUCAACAAACUAGAGGCCAAACUGAAAGACAUUGCCUACGGCACCAAAGGCCACGUUUUCAAACCCAACAUCACCGACGACGACGUGGCCAACGAGUUUGACGAGACCAUUCACCUGGAGCGAGGAGAGAACCUCCUGGAAAUCCACAUUGGCACCGCAACCCUUUCCCCAGUAGCCCUGGAGAUGCUGAGCGACCGCGAGCCCUCCACCUUCUGCACCUAUGCCUUCUACGACUUUGAGCUGCAGGCCACGCCUGUGGUCAGGGGCGCCUGGCCGGCAUACGACUUCACAUCCCAGUAUGUGGUGAGGGUGGACGACCUCUUCCUGCAAUACCUCCACACGGGUUCGGUCACGCUGGAGCUGCAGCUGGCCCGGGGUAUGGACUUCACGACGGUGGCCGCAGGGCAGCUCAGGCUAACGCAACUACUGGAGAAUAACGGCAAAGCCCAUGGGACCGUACAGCUGGUUGGUGUGGCUGGCGAGGUGCAGUCGUUUGGCUCUGUGGAGUACUGGGUGAGGCUGCGGGUGCCCAUGGAGCAGGCUAUCCGGCUGUACAAGGAGAGGGUGAAAGCCCUGGGCUACCUCAGAUCUGCUCUCAAUCAUGAACAGCAGCCGUCCACCUCAACCCUAACCCCCCAGUCAGUAUCAGCCGACGGAGGCCUGAACCUGAACGAGCUCAACGUCACCAUCCGCUGCUGCAGCAACCUAACGUCCCACCACUGCCAGCGUCAGGGCAACCCACCCAACCCCUACGUGGUCUACCAGUUCUAUGACUUCCCAGACCACGACACCUGUAUCGUGGCCGACUGCAGCGAGCCCCAGUUUGAGGACCACAUGUCCUUCCCCGUGGCCAUGGAGGCAGAGCUGGACAGCUACCUGAAGGCGGGGGCUCUGCUGCUCUACGUGUUCGAUGACCAGGACACCCAGAGUGAGAUGUACCUGGGCAAGGCCAGGGUUCCUCUCCUGUCUCUGGCCCACGACAAGGCCAUCACUGGUACAUUUGAGCUGACUGACCCAUCCGGCCUCCCAAGUGGCCAUAUUGACGUGACGCUGAAGUGGAAGUUCACCUAUCUCCCUCCUCCCGGCUCCACCAUGACUGUAGAACAGGCCAAGUUUGUACCCAAAGAGAGGGCAGUGAAUCUAACGACACAAAUGGAAGAGGAGAUGGAGGAAAAGGAGAAGAGGAUGGUGGUGAAAGAAGAGAAAUGGGCCAAAGCUCUUCCUCCUCUUCCUGCUUGUUCCACUGCGUCAGAGGUACCUUUACCUACACCUAGACUACAGACCUUGGUGAAAGAGAAAACGGCAAGCAAAAAAGUCUCAUUCGUGGACGUCACAGCUCCUGAAAAUGUUUCACGUCCCUCCAAUGUGCCUGGAACAGAUAAAAGGGAAGGCUCAGAACUACCACCCCUAACAAAGGUUGUCUCAGUGUCACAGGUAGCACCAGUACCAGCUCUGCCUCAGAGCACCACAGAGGAAGAAGAUGAUGAGGAAGAGUCUCCCUUCUCUGAGGGUCAGGUCAUCGCAGCCAGAUCUCAGUCCACCUCGGACGAAUCAGAAAUGUCAGAAGAGAUUCUCGAACAGAUAGAAGAGGAGGCCCCAGCGGCAGAGGAUGAGGAUCAGACUGAAUCGAUCCUCUCAGACAGUGAUGACUGCAUUGUUCCUGGCCAGUCCUCCAUGGGACGGAAGCGUUCUGAACGUGUGCGUGUGGAGAUCGUGUCUCUGACACUGAGGCCUGAGUCUCAGGCGGCAGCAGACAGCAGCGUGGUCAGGCUGUUUGUAGAGUACUCCCUGUUGGACAUGCCCUCUGAGGAGACCCCUCUGUCCCUGCCCAAGCCCCCACCUGGCAAGACCAGCCACUACAACUACAGCAAUGUGAUUAAUGUGGACAUAAAGAAUAACAAGACCAGACGGGAGAUUCUGAGGGGGGUACUAGAGGGACGCAACCCACAAAUGGAAAGUAUCAGGUUCACAGUGGUGAGUGAGCCGCCAGAGGAGGAGGAGCAGGAGAAGGAGUGUGAGGAUGUGGGCGUGGCCUACUUUAGGAUCCCUCAAAUCCUGGAGCAACAGCAGGACUUGAUUGAGACCAGCCUGAACAUUGUCGAUGUGCAGGACAGCAGUGUGGUGAUGGGUAGUCUGUGUGUGUCUGUAGAGGGAUUGGAAGCCCUACAGUCUAUCAUGGAGGACCCAGACCAUGACCACACUCCUCUCUCCUCACUGGAAUCAGAGGCAGAGGGUUAAAUCACACCACACAUUUCACUAGUGCGAAAGACUGCACAUCACUGUCUCCUGCAUGCCACAAGACUGUGUUGGCUCACUGAGCUAAAGCCUAGGCAUUAGCUAGCACAAGUCUUCUGGUGUCAGGCAAGGUUACUUAUCUCAUAAAUGUGGUUCACCAAAUCACCACUGUAACACUGUAAAUACAUUUUACUGCUGUUUACACAUGCAUUCAUCAAUUUGCUUAUUUAUUCUGGGAGCUACAAGAAGUCAAACUUGAAACGUAAUGGCUAAUAUGGUCUAUUGACUUAUUUUUCUAGGUUAUGAUACUGUUAGAUGUAUACAAAUCAGUAAUUUGCAAAUUAUACUGUAUUUAGGUACUGUAUAUUAUUUAUAUAUAUUUUUAUAGUUGAAAGGGAUUGUUUUAUGAGACAACAUGUCAAUGGCGUGAUCUGUGAAAUUGUAUUUGUAAAACAGUAUGUUUUAUAGGGCCUUGUGACAUUGGCUCUGGUGUUACCUGAUUAUAACACUUUCAAAAUCCUGUGUAGGACAUUUCAAACCAGGAGUAAUGUAUGGUUUGUGAAAAUGUGUACUUCCAGAACAUAUUUUAGAUAAAUGUUAUAUCUGAAAUGAGGUUGUUGAAUGAGGCAUUGAAUGUCCAAAGCAUUGUGCAUCUGUUAUUUUUUACCUGUGUCUGUAUUUUAAGAGUAUUAAAGAGUUUAGUUUUUACAUUUC